AUGCCGGGGGGCGGAGGGCCAGGAGGAGGUGUCGAUAUGGGUGGUGGUCCCGGAGGGGGUAACAGACGGAGGAUGCAGCAACAGCCGACGUAUGCGCAAUACCAGCAAUAUCAACAGUAUCAGCAGCAGCCCAUGUAUCCAAACUACAUGAACCCCUACGCUCAGCCGACGCCGUAUUACCAUCAGCUGCCGCAUCAGUACCAGAACGGAGGCAUGCCCUCUGGCUACAUGCACUAUCAGCAACAGCAGCCCUACGUGCGGUCACCACAGGCCAUGCCUCAACCUCAAUAUGUCCCCAUGGCCGGCGUGAGCGUUCCUCAGCCGUAUUCGCAACCGUCGCCUGCUCUCUCAACGCCGUAUCACCCACCUCCCGUCCCUGCUGUCAACCCUGUUCAGACGCCGCCGCCUCCUCCGCCUCCGCACGUUGAACCUACGCCCGAGCCUUCAGUCGUCACACCUUCUGUAGUGUCCUCGGUCGUGUCUUCAUCAGUCGUCACGCCCUUCGCUGAGCCAUUCCACCCGGCCGCGGCGCCUCCAACCCCUGCCUCUGCCCCUGCUCCCGAGAGCCCAGAGCUUCCCAAAGAUGUAAGGGAAUUUCGCGCACCACUCCCUUGGACACCUCCCGACCAAGCACCGUUCCCUAGAAGGGCUCCCAAGUCAAGGCGAAGCAGAAGAUUGAUGAGCGCGAAUGCUCAGAAUCUGACACUGCCUGUGGAGCAGCACGAGGGCGCUCUCGAGUCGGCCACCAAAAGCGGCACGGAGGACAGCCUCCAAGUGAAGGCCGAUGCGAAGAAGUUGGCGCCCUGGAACUCCAAGGACACCGACUCCGAAAGCGCCACUCUGAGAGCAGACUCCCUGGCGUCUGAAACUCCUAAGGAGAGUGACAGGUCAGCGACUAGCGUCUCAAACAUGGGCAGCCCGAAGGUGAAUGUACCGGGGUCUGAGGCCAGACCCACGACAAGCAACUCGAACGCCUCGGCGUCCCGCCCUGCCGUUCCUGUUGUCCCAGUCAUCCCAGCUCUUCCGAAGAGCAGCCCCAAGGAGGCUAAGGCAACAAGCGUCAGCCAGCUCGCAGAAGAGCCCAAGCAAGUUGCAUCUCAGGAGGCGAAGCCUGCUGAAGCAACAGAGGGCACGGAAGUUGCUGGCGCGGAGCAAGAGAAGCUCGAGGCUCCUCCGGCAGCUCCCGCCAAGGCGGCCCCGAAGUCAUGGAGUGGACUGUUCUCCGCAGCCGCCGCCGCUGCUGCUCCCAAGGCGCAGCCCGCUGCUAAUGGCCCUGUUGCUCCGGCCGCAGCCAACGGUGCCACCACAAAUGGCGAUGGUGCUGUCAACGGCAGCGCACCCACCUUUUCUGCAGGAAACACAAACUCUCUGGCAUCUGCCAUCCAAGACUUCCGGGUUAGCAAUGCUGCCAGGGUUCAGUUCAUCGAGCCGAGAGGCCUGAUCAACACCGGCAAUAUGUGCUACAUGAAUUCAGUUUUGCAAGUCCUUCUUUUCUGUGCGCCAUUCUACAACUUCUUGGAUCAGGUCAGCAAGAAGGCUGUGCACAAGUUCAAGAGCGACACGCCCGUCAUAGAUGCCAUGAUUAUGUUUAUGAGGGAAUUCCGGGUCAUCGACUCGACUGAAACGGUCGAGAAAUUGCGCCGGAAGCUCAAGAGCGAGCAGCUGGAGCAAUAUGGUGAUUCGUUCAUUCCCGAGUUCGUGUACAAGGCCAUCCAGCCUCUCCCGGCGUUUGCUAGCAUGAGACGUGGACACCAGCAAGAUGCUCAGGAGUUCCUGGGUUUGAUUCUCAAUGCCAUCGACGAAGAAUGCGCCCAAGUAAUGUCAACGAGUGGCUCUUCCAAUGGGGCCGCUGAAACCCGGCCUACAUCCUCCGCCGCCAGCGUUGUUGAGUCGAACGACGGCGCGGACGGGUGGUUUGAAGUUGGAUCGAGACAGAGGGCAGUUGAGACGCGCUCGUCCGGAGCCAGCUCGACGACGCCCAUCACUCGUUUGUUUAGUGGACAGUAUCGAUCAGAGCUUCGCCGUCCUGGUGUGAAGGACUCGGUGACUACGGAGCCUUUCCAGUCCCUGCAGUUGGACAUUGGCGCCCCGUACAUUCACAACGUUGUCGACGCGAUAAAGGGUCUAACGGUGCCCGAGAGGCUACAGGGCGAUGCUGCCCCCAUGACGAAGCAGACUCUGAUUGAGACUUUGCCCCCGAUUCUCAUCCUUCACCUGAAGCGCUUCAAGUUCGACACUGAAGGAACGACCAAGAUCGGCAAGAAGGUCGGUUACCCUCUCGACUUGCAGCUCCCCGCGGAAGUUCUCUCGAAGCGACGACGCAACGCUCUUGUCUCCGAGGGUGCCGGCAUGCCCAAGUACAGGCUCAUCGGUGUCGUCUACCACCACGGCAAGCAAGCCAACGGCGGUCACUACACAGUGGAUGUGCGACGGCAAGACGAAAAUGAGUGGAUCCGCCUGGAUGAUACGAUCAUCCGACGUGUCCGCAGUGAGGACGUGGCCGAGGCUGGUGCGGAGGAGGAUGCCAAGGACACGGGCCGAUCAGGUCCCGCGUCGCGCGACGCGUCGACCAACCGGUUCGGCGCCAUGGCAGACGACGACGAGGGCGAUGAUUGGAAGGAGGUCACCACCUCUGCCAAGGGCGGUGAUAAGGGCGGCGAGAAGAAGUGGAGCGCCGUGGCCAACGGUAAUGGCACCGCGUCCAAGGGAAAGCCGGCCAAGGACAACAUCAAAGACAACAAGGUUGCCUACCUGCUAUUCUACCAGCGAGUCUGA